AUGUCAAAAUCACCGAUGGAGAAGGUUAAGAAAAUUUUGCUACAAGAUCCAAAACUGAAAAAAGGUUUUAAGUUUGAUCAUGUGUGGGUAAGGAUGAAGGAUGUUCCAAAGUUUACAAGUAAUGUCAAUAUAUCUAUCCCAGAUACUCUUAACACUGAGAGCAAUACUUUCGGCUCUCUGACAUCACAAUCUCCGAAAAUGCCUUUAUUUUCAAUCAAUUUAAGUAGUGAUGAAGACGGAUGA